GGCAGAGGAGUGAGGAGAUAUCCCCAUUCUUCGGUCCCUCUUUUUCUCUUGAGUUUCUCUUGUUUAUCUGUCAAGCAAAGUCAUCAUCACCCAAGAAAAGGGUCACUCCUCUCCCACUCCUCCACUCCCCACUCCCCACUCCCCACUCCCACCAUCCCAUACUCUCUCUUCCAAAAGCAAGGAACAUUCUACCUAAAGCAACCUCAGUACCUUUCAAUGAGAGACAGAGGAGGAGAAGUAUUACCAACAACCACACCCAACGCCAAUCCUAAUGGCGAACACCGCGGACCCCGUCCUCCUCUUCCUCCUCCUCCUCAAUACCACCACGACCGCCAAUACUAUCCAACCUCAUCUUCAAAAGCCUCCUUCAAGGGCUGCUGCUGUUGCCUCUUCCUCCUCUUCUCCUUCCUGGCUCUACUCGUCCUCGCUGUGGUCCUCAUCAUCAUCCUCGCCGUCAAACCCAAAAAGCCCCAGUUCGAUCUCCAACAGGUAGGAGUUCAAUACAUGGGCAUCUCCGCACCCACCUCACUCGACAGCACUGCCCCCGCCGUCACCAACCCCACCACCGCUUCCUUGUCUCUAACCAUACACAUGCUUUUCACCGCUGUAAAUCCCAAUAAAGUCGGGAUCAAAUAUGGUGAGUCCAGAUUUACAGUCAUGUACCGUGGAAUUCCGUUGGGUAAAGCUUCUGUUCCCGGCUUCUUCCAGGAGGCCCACAGCGUCAGAAACGUGGAGGCCACUAUAGCUGUUGAUCGUGCCAAUCUGAUGCAAGCCGAUGCUGCUGAUUUAAUCAGGGAUGCUUCUCUCAAUGACCGCGUCGAGCUUCGAGUCCUGGGUGAUGUUGGCGCUAAGAUCCGGGUCAUGGACUUCGAUUCUCCCGGCGUUCAGGUAUCGGUCGACUGUGCAAUAGUGAUCAGUCCAAGGAAGCAGUCUCUUACUUACAAGCAGUGUGGUUUUGAUGGCUUGAGCGUGUAGCUAGAAGUCUCUUGAAGAUAUCUAAGUUCUUCUAUUCUCUUUAAUUUUUUCAUCUCUCAAGUCAGAGGGAGAAAGAGAAUGGAAAAGUAGAAGAGAAGGCUAAAACUCAGGGGGGAGAAGGAAGAGCUUUCCCCUCAAAAACGACUGGAGUAAUUCAAAAACAAAGCUAAGAAAAAUGAGAAGAUUAUUCAAUGGGAAAUCAAAUUUUCCCCCUGCAGAUUUUGCUGAAUUUGGUAUUGGUUAAUUUUCUUCACCAGGAAGGAAAUUUUUAAACUGUGUGUAAAGUUGUAUGUGUACUGAUUUUACUCUAUUCUAUGGAAAUCUCUCUCUUUGCACAAUGGUUAAGAGUGUCCAAUGAACAAGCAGAGCUGGG